GAAAUAAUGAAAGAAAACUAUGAAGUAAUUUUGAAAAUAAUACAAGAAAUAGAAAGAAAUUCUUCUCAAGAGGAAUCCAUUCAGGCAUUUGAAUAUCUUCAGCAAGUUAUUCGACCAACCCCCGCCUCACCCCUAAGAUACAAGAAAGAGGGACACUAA